AUGAUCACUACCCACAGCCAAUGUACAUGUAUCCUCACCCAGUCCAGCCCAUUCAUGUCCCGACGCUUGUGGUGAGUGCCAGCACCCUGCAGACCACGUGGGGUCUGUGCAUGGACACGUCUGUGUGUGUGCGUGCGCUUGCUACAGAUUAUCCCCGUCUACGAACGCAUCAUGUGAGUGAGAAACGGCCGUGCACUGCAGAGGGGUGUUAGAAAGGCACAGAGAGCUUUCUUUGACAACGUGUGCCCAGAUACAGGGAGGUGCCUGUCGUCCGCCGGCGAACCGUCUACCAGCCUAGAAUCUUUUGAGAAGGAGAUCAUCAGGUGAGCGGACGGCCAAGAAGAGCACGGACAUCGGCGUAGUGCCAACCACGUACAUGCACUGCACUCUGUCUGUCUGUCUCUCUCUCUCUCUCCUCCCUCUCCCAGAUACAUUCCCAGAUACGAGGUGGAAUACAGAGACUGGUUUGUCGAGAUCGAAUACUAG